UUCAUAUAAAAGCCAAUGGACGGACCAACAUCGACAACAAUUCAUUUUGUACCGUUAGACCGUGAAAUCGCAAAAAUGUGCGCGCAAAAUAUGAAAUAUUAUUAUUUAAUAACGCUAUUGGUUCUCUUAGCUUUGUUCCGCUCAGCCGAGUCGCAAAGCAGUGCACGUUUUAAUCGUCGCAGACCGGCAUUAAGCAAUGCCAAAGAGACCAUCGAAGAUGCAACAGAGAAGACUGAAGCAGCUGCUGAUCAACUAGCGCUUGCCGCUAGCCAACCUGAGAAAAACCCCCAUAGACGCACUGGCGCCUAUGGCAGAGACGGAGAAGAUUAUCCUUAUGGCAAUUUGGAAAUGAAUCUCAUACGGCCGGAGAGCGAACCGGUGCAUACACAAAUUACAGCCAAGUACACGAGCACGCUGAGUGCAUCGCGCCCUUACGACUCAUCAGGCUCACUGGAAGAUGCCGAAACUGCUGAGCAGUAUGUAGCCAAUGCCAUGAAAAUGCAACGUUAUGGCACACGUUUGCGCGAACCCAUACGCAUACUCUCAACUGAAGAUGCGCUACAAGCGGGACCAAAGACGCCGACGCCACCAUCUAACGAUGAGUCAGUGGAUGAGAGAAGUGCGCCACCACCUAGCAACAUCAAAUUUGAAUACUAUCAUACUGCAACACAACAACAUCAGCAACAACAACAACAACAGUUGCAACAACAGGCGCCACUACACUUGGAGAAUAACCAUCAAGCGCUAAUAGAAGCGCAAAUGCGUGCACAAUAUCAGGCACAAAUACAACAGGCCCAACAAGCACAACAACUAGCGGACAACCAACAACAACAACAACUGGAGGCGCAAACGGAACGUGGUCAGUCGAUUGUUGUGGGCAGUGCGUCGAAUGAUGUUGUGCCACAGCAAGUAGCGCCUGGCACUUACAAUCGAGAACCUGUAACGCGCUCUUACGAGGUCUACGAUGACAGCAAUGCAUAUGAAGGCAGUGUUGAAGCUGGUGCAGGAGUUGACGGUGAUGGCGUCGAUCGCCACUAUCGCACGAAAUAUCUUUUCCAACCGGCUUAUCAGGGAGUCAGCGUAGCGCCAGUGGAACCCGAGCCAGAGCAGUUGCGCGGUGCUGCAUCAACGGAAAUACCCAAAGCGGAGAUCAUGAAGCAGAUCGAAAAAUCAGUAAUGAAAUAUAUGAAAGAGCUCGAAGCAGAAGGCAAGAUCGUCACUUCGCCGCAAGAGCAGAAAACAUAUUACAAAAUGGUUACCGUACCAGUCGACGAACAGCACCUUACAUCGACAACAACACGUCCGAAACAUAGCAGCGCCGCACCCGCACACAGCGCUGUGUAUGCGAGUAACGGUGAAGGUGGCAACCCCUCAUCAGCGGCCGCAACUGGUUCACCGCACCGUACAACCACGCAUGGCAGCAUAUCCGGCUACUCCAGUUCACGUCAUCACGCGCCCAAACAUCAACUGAAAGCAACGCAACGCUAUCAAACCGAAGCGGAGACAGCAUAUCGCGCACAAGCUGGACAAGCACAUCAGCAGCCACAUGAGAUCGGUGAGGCGUUGGCACCAAAUGUGGAAUUUGUAUAUAAAAUCAAGACACGCGCACCACUGCAAACGGCCACCGUCAAAACGAUUUCGAAACCAUAUACACUGCCAUUGAAAGGUACGUACGACCAUUUCGAUCACAGCGCAGCGCUGAAGCAUAUCGAGGACUUUGAUCUUUCGCAUGUGGUCACCACACAGGAGCCCGAUGAGCGUCCAUCAUCGUUGAGCGCGAGUGUCACAGGCAAACCGAAUAAGCUCUACUUUAACUCGGAAAUCUAUCAUGAUAUUAACUCAUUGCCAUUCAAGCCGGAGAAAUCGCGCACACUGUCCGUGGCUGGCGCUGGCGCAGCAGCUGCUGAAUAUCGCAAACUAAAAGCUAGUAGUGGUGAGUUAAAUGUCGACUAUAAAGGUUACUCCGGUUACUUGGUCGAACCUGGCACACCAGCGGAGUCUUCCGAGGAGAAAGACACGAGCGCUGUAUCCAGCGCGCAGGUUUCUGAAGAUGGCUACCCCGUUAUGAAUCCCUAUCAGUAUGUGCUGAAGAAGGAGCCACUGCCGCACAAGUAUGAGGAGGCCAGCGCCAGUUGGGUUGAGGCGCAUGGUAAACCUGCAUAUGCGGCAUUGAGCGCUUCACAGAAGGGACUGGAAUACGACAGCUAUAGUCCGAAAUUUAACAAUAAUCCUGAAGGCUAUGGCUAUCAGCACACAUACAAGGCGGAACGCGAACGUGAACGUGAACCACAGCAUAGCGGUCAUAAGUAUGCGGUUAGCCGUCUGCCUAACGCUGGCAACACUAAGCGUGGUAAGCGCGGCGGUGGUUUACCAUAUCCCAAUGUGAAUAAGAAGGCUCUACGUAAUGCGGCCGUAAAAGAUAUCGAGGCCAAUUUGGCGCUACGUCCGCCACCGAAGAAUUGAUUGAUUUUCAAUGCGUACAAUCAUUUUUAGUUUUUCGUUUAUAUUUAUUCAUUUAUAUUUUUUAUUUUAUAUAACUGUUUCUUUGGCAUUGUUGUAUGGCCGCCUAAAGUUAUGCAAUGAUAUUUUUACAACUUAUGUACAACUACAGUUUUUAAAGAUAUGCCAAUUUCCAAGUGCAAUGUUAGCUUAAGUAUAUAUUUAUAAUGAAAUAAUAACGGUAUUUAAUUGUUUUUGUAAUAUAUUGAAUAUUAUUACUAAUAUAUAAACCGCUAUUGUAUUUAUUUGUAUUAUAUAAUAAAACAGUUAAAAUGUUAAA